AGUUUUCUAAGGAAAGGACGGAGCCAGCAGCUGCCCAGCCCACUUGGGGUGCAACAAACCAGUCCCUCCAUGUGAAGGUGGUGAUGGAUGGACCCAGCUUCUCCUUUCCCUCUUAAGCGGGCGAACCAGGAAACGGAGGAGGGAACUUUCUCAUUACCCAAAACAGAAGGCAAGCAGGCAGCGGGGCGAUGAUGGCGCAGUUUCAACAGAAGCUCUUCUGGCUGGUGGCGGCUGGCCUGGCCGUGACCCUGCGCACCAGCCAGGCAGAGGUCUCCAUCGUCCUUCGCAGCGACCAGGAGGGUCCUGUCCUUGAGGGCGGGAACGUGACUCUGGAGUGCCUGGGCAGUGAAGGAGAGGAGAUGAGCGGAUUCACUUUCCAGAAAUACAGCAAGUGGCUCCACUCCUGGAUCUCCCUCGACGAAGCCAGCGAGAUGCGCUGCUGGUUUUACGACGUCAGCGUCAGCUACGACGACGACCGCCUCCAACUUGCCAUCAGUGGACUGAAAUCUUGGCACGCUGGACCUUACCGCUGCGCCGGCUCCAACGGCACCAACAAUGCCUCUGUCUCCAAUGAGCUGGACCUGCAGAUGGAAUAUCUGCACAGCAUCCUCCUUGCUCGCACAAACACCUGGUGUGGGACAGUUGGAGAUUCUGUCACGAUACUUGAAGGCAGCGACCUGCACCUUCGGUGCUCUGCAGGUGCUUCAAAGCCCCCGCUCUACGAAUGGACCCGAGAGGGAGAUGACUGGGUUCUGGUCUCCAGCGACUUGACGCUUUCCAAGGUGAACCGGGAGCAAGCCGGGACCUACACUUGCCGGGCGCAACACCCCACUUUGCCCCAGUUGACCAAGAGCAAGUCGAUCCAUCUGUAUGUGGAGGGGAGCGAGCGCGGAUUCACCCUCGAGUCCGUGCUGUCCCUUAGCACCCCAAUGCUGGCCCUGGCUGUGGCAUUGCCUGCAGUGCUGCUACUGCUGGUGAUCUUGGUCUUCGCCUUCCUGAUCCCCCGGCAUCGGGCAGCUGCCAAGAAGAAAGCCGGCCUGGAAGACUCCGGCCAGCGUACCCCAAUCUACAAAGGCAGCCUGGAGUCUGUGCCUUCCUCCGUUGGAGAUACGCAUCCCCUGGUGAUGUAAUAAAGAAGAUACAGGGUGAAAUGGAUCUCCCUCCUUUCUUUUGUCACUUUCAAGAUCCAGCUUCUUCAGAAACUAUGGGAUGGUGGGGAUGCUAACAAUGUACAACGGUUGUUUUUGUGUA